UACACCGGGAGGUCCCUCAACACAAACCUCCCAAGAUCGAUUGAACUGCGCUCAGCGAGAGAGAGAGAGAGGCAGAGAGAUGGCGGUGGCCAAUGCAUGGGUCACGGGCGGUUCAAUCCGAGCCUCCCACCUGAGACCCUUCUGCCUUCUUGAUUCGCCGGCCAAGAAAACGGCCAAUCCUGCCAGCUUCUUCGUCCUCGGCUGUGGGGGCCGGACUGUCCCCGGCAAGAACGCCGGCGUUUCCUCCGCCGGGCCCCGCAAGGACCCCCCUCUGCUCUGCCGUUGCGGUGGUAACGUCAGCCUUGACGGUGCCUCCAGCAGCUCCUGCUCCGAUUGGGACUGGAACCGAUGGAGCCGCCAUUUCUCCGAGAUUGAACAGGCCGAGAGCUUCGCCUCUGUUCUCAUGUUCCAACUUGAAGAAGCAAUCGAGAAGGAAGAUUUCCAUGAGGCUGCCAAAUUGAAGAUGGCUAUUUCUGAAACGACAUCAAAGGAUACUGUUGCUGACAUCAUGUCUCAGUUGAAGAAUGCAAUAGAGGAAGAGCGUUAUCAUGAGGCGUCAAGGCUAUGUAAACAUACGGGAAGUGGACUGGUGGGCUGGUGGGUUGGUUACUCAAAAGAUUCUGAUGAUCCCUUUGGCCGACUUAUACGCAUAACUCCCAGUGUGGGCAGAUUUGUCGGAAGAAGUUACAGCCCGAGGCAGUUGGUCACUGCAUCUCCUGGAACUCCAAUAUUUGAAAUUUUUGUUGUCAAAGAUGCUGAUGACAUGUAUCAAAUGCAGGUAGUAUAUUUGCAUCGAACCAAAGGGAGCUCAAUGGCCUCCACAAGCUCCUCACCAAAAUCCACAAAAAGCCAAUCUUCUAAAGUUGAUGAAACAUCAGGCGUAGGUUUACAAGAAAAUGAGUUGAACAAUGAGACGAAUGAUGAUAAGGGCUUGAAUAUUGAAGGAGCAACUGAGGAAGGGGUAAAAAGUGUUAUAAACUUUCUGAAAGAUAGAAUUCCUGGACUGAAAGUGAAAGUCAUGAAUAUUGAUGUAGCUGAGGAAGUGAUUGAGGAAAGCGAACCUGUCAAGCAGUUAAUGCAGGAAGAUGAUGAGGAAGCAGUUCCUUUGGAGAAUUCAGAAGAUGAAGAUGGUGAUGUGGAAAAUUUCCAGUCUGAUGAAAUCGGUUUAGGUGAAGAUAGCAGUGUCAAAGAGGAUGAAAAGGAUUUGGAUAUGAAGUUUUUUAUUGGUGGGGUAGUGCAUAAUGAGGAUACACCUUCCAAGGAUGAGUAUACUCGUCUUCCAGCAGAAUUAAAGGAUAUAGAAAGAGAUUCUUUCGUGCUACACGUUCCUAUUAAAGGCCUUGGGCAUGAUGGCGGAAAUAACAAAGUAUCCAAAUUGAAAGUUGCAGCAAUAGCAGCUCAAGGUGUAUCUGAAUUGAUGCCCCCUGAUGUUGCAAAGGCAUUCUGGGCUGCAGACAAAGUUUCGCCAAAGGUUUCAAGAGAUGUACGGGAAAUCGUCAAACUCGCAGUUACUCAGGCAGAGAAAAGGAAUAGACUAUCUGAAUUUACGAAUUUCAGUCGAAUCACUACUUCCAAAGGCGAUUUAGAUCCCUUUGAUGGUUUAUAUGUCGGUGCAUUUGGCCCUUAUGGUACUGAGGUGGUUCAACUGAGACGCAAGUUUGGACAUUGGAAUGGCUCCGAUAUUAGUUCAUCGGAUGUGGAGUUCUUUGAAUAUGUUGAAGCGGUGAAGUUGACUGGGGAUCUUAAUGUUCCUGCUGGCCAGGUUACAUUUCGUGCCAAAAUUGGGAAAAGGGGACGAGCUUCUAAUCGAGGGCUGUACCCAGAUGAACUAGGCGUGGUUGGUAGUUACAAAGGUCAAGGAAGGAUAGCAGAGUUCGGAUUUCGCAACCCAAAAUGGGUUGAUGGAGAGCUUCUUCAAUUAAAUGGCAAGGGCAUGGGUCCAUACUUGAAGGGAGCUGAUCUUGGAUUCCUUUAUGUGGUACCUGAGCGGAGUUUCCUUGUCUUAUUCAACCGUCUGAAAUUACCUGAAUGAGCUCGUAGCUAUCGAAUAUUUCUCAUUACCCUUUUUGAUGUGGUAGAGAAAAGACAUAUCUACUUAAAAGGCAGAGCAUAGAGGUUAUUGUCCCUAGCAUGUUUGAUUCUGGUGGAGGAUCACCUGCCGUUAAGUACUUAUCUCGUCUUGAGAGGAAAGUUUUGAUAGUAUUUGUUUAUGCUUUCUUUGUUUUCAGCCUUUUCUUGUAGUGUUUAUGUCUUAUAUGUAUAGUUUUUUCCCUGACCAAAAUAAGGACCGACUCUACACUAAUGCAAUGAGUUGUUGAGUGCUA